AUGGGACUUAGGCUUCGUUUACCGACGCCUUCAGAUUUCCUGAAGCAUAUUUAUUUUAUUGAAGCCUCAGGCAUUGUUGCUGGCCUCGGGCUUGUAAUUUUAAUAUUGCUUGCGAUAUUUUAUACUGACUUCAAAGAUAUUUUCGAUCAUGAUAUCUUCCACAAAUAUAUUAACGUCAAAGUAUUAGUAAUUCUCGGAUUGCUUGUAUCUUGCAUUGUAAUUUCCCUAUUUAUUGUCGAAUUAAUAAUAGUUCUUUUACCAAAAUGCAAAGCAUGCACAGUAAAUGGCAACUAUAUUCUUGCUAUGAUAAUUUUAGAAUACAUAUUUAUAUUAUUCGGAUUUUGCGUUGGUAUUUCAAUGAUUGUAUUCGCUAAACACUACGAUUUUAGUAGUUACGAUGGCCAACAGCUCAGUGCCCUUCAAAGUCUGUUAAAUGUUGGAACUUUCAAAGUAACAGCUUGGGCUAUAUCACUUAUUAUUUUUAUUGUUGUAACUGUUGUUUUUGCUAGGAUGUUCCAAUGUGAAUAA